GAUUUGAGCUUCCAGGUUCCCUAGCCUGCUAGUGUAAUACAAGUUGUCUUCUAACUCUUCAGUGCAGAAUCUUCCAUUUGGUUUGAUAUUGGUCUUUCUGCAACAAAAGGAACAGAUUUGUCUGAGUUGAAGCUUUUGUGGAACUUUCUGUACUAGCCAGCAAGGCAGAACAGGAAGUGAAGUGGGAACAACACUGAACUGGGCCCCAGAACCUGGGCUCCAGCCCCAGCCCUCCCUCCUGGUGUGUCCCUGCAUCAGGUUCCACACCGAGAAGCAACAACUCAGAGCUUCCUUCCACGAAGACACAGCAAGGGGCUACAUGACAGAGGGAUUUACUGUAAAGCAGACUUCACUCCUUGACUUGUUAAUGACUUCUUAGCAGCAAGAGAAUCUGGUGACUCAUGACACAUGUACAAGAAGAUGAAACAAUUUCCUUCCUCUUUCUUAAGUUCAUCUCCUAACCCUCUCUGGACUGUGGCCCAGACCUGGCAUGACUUUGAAGAUUCAAAUGUUGGAGAAUGUAUAUCCUCGCAGCCGAUGGCUGUUUCAACCGCUGACAAUCUUGCUGCUGUUGGCUUCUGGAGAAAGGCUAACUGCAGAUCUCCCAAAGGCCAUGGUGAGACGAGAGCCCCCAUGGAUCCAGGUGCUCCGGGAAGACCGCGUGACUCUGACCUGCGAGGGUGCUCGCAGCCCUGGGAACCACUCCACCCAGUGGUUCCACAACUGGAACUCCAUCCCCGCCCAGGUCCAGCCCAGCUACAGGUUCACGGCCAAGAGCAACGACAGUGGAGAGUACAGGUGCCAGGGGGGAGGGACCAGCCUGAGCGACCCUGUGCAUCUGGACGUGAUUUCUGACUGGCUGCUGCUCCAGACUCCUCAGCUGGUUUUCCAGGAGGGGGACGUCAUCGUGCUGAGGUGCCACAGCUGGAAUAGCAAGCCUUUGGCAAAGGUCACAUUCUACCAGAAUGGAAUAGCCAAGAAAUUUUUCUCUCUCAGUAGAAAUUUCUCCAUCCCACAUGCAAACCGCAAUCACAGUGGUGAUUACCACUGCACAGGACAUAUAGGAAGGACGUCUCACUCAUCACAGCCUGUGACCAUCACUGUCCAAGGUCUGGAAAUUCCAUUCAUGUCUCCUCCUUGGUACCAGCUCGUUUUCUCUCUGGUGAUGGGAUUGAUGUUUGCAGUGGACACAGGGCUGUAUUUCCUUGUACGGAGAGACCUUGGAAGAUCAAUGACAGACUGCAAGAAUCAAGUCAGAUGGUACAAGGACAUUUAGGAUAAAUGACUUUUCAUCCUAUGGCAUAACAUCAGUGGCAGCACAUCUCUUAGGCCACACUUUUCUUUCUCCUAUAGCCCCUCCUUGAAAGCAGCCUUGGCUAAGGAAUCACCUGUUUUGGUCACUUCUUUGCUUAAGCCAUUAAAUAGCUUCCCUUCACACUUAGAGUAAAAGCUAAAGCCUUUGCAGUGUUUUGCAAGAUGCCAUGUGAUAUUGCUCCUCAUUGUCUCUCUAACCUCAUUCCUUCUCCUCUGUUGUGCUUACUCUUGGAUAUUCUUGUCCUCUUAGACACAUGAAUUAUACUUCAGCACAGCUUUUGCUAUUUCCUGUUUCAUUCCCAGGAAUGCUAUUUUUUAGAUACAUGUGUCAUGCUUCUUCAUGUCUGCUAUGGUUUGAGCUCAUUUUGAAGCUUAGUUCUCAGGGCAGCAGUGUUGGGAGAUGGGGCCCAGGAGGAGGUGUUUGAGUCUUGGGGGCUUAGCUCUCACAUGGAUUAAUGCUUUUCCUGAGGGAAUAGUUUAGCCAUGAUGGCAGUUUGGCUAUUUUCUUUUUUCCUAAUGCCCUGUUUGCUCUUGCACUUUUCUGUUGGGCAUGGAGCACAUAAGGCUUUUAUCAGAAGCCAAGCAGACAUGGCCACCUGAUCUUGGACUAACCUCCAGAGAUGUGAGAUAAAGAAACCUAUUUUCUUUAAAACUCACCCUCUCUCAGAUGUUUUGUUAUAGCAACAGAAAUCAGACCAAGACAAUAUCAUUUAGGUCUUUACUCAAAUGUGCCUUUAUCAGUGGGUUCUCCUUGAUUAUUCAGUAUAAUUCUACGCCUCAUCAUACUUCUAAUUCUCCUCACCUGCUUUAUUUUUUUACAUUAUAUUUAUCAUCAACUGAUGUACUACAUGUUUCUUGUUUGGCCCUCCCCCCACCAUUUGAAUGUAAGCUCCAGGAGAGGCCUUUGUCUAUUUGUUUGCUAUAUUCUUAGUGCCUAGUUCAGCGCCAUGUGAUUUAGCAUUCAGUAAAUAUUUGUGGAAUAAAUUCUUAAAGUUUGAAAUCAGAGACCUUUUGACCCUAAAAACAAGGUUGUCUACUCUCCUCAUUUUAAAACCAGAGCAGCUGUGGCUCAGAUAGUUGAAAUGACUUGGUUAAGAACAUAUGAGUGGGGCUGGGGAUUUAGCUCAGCGGCAAAAGCACCUGCCUGGCAAGGUCGUGAGUUCGGUUCCCGGUACCAGAGAAAAACCAAAAAAAAAAAAAAAAAAAAGAACAUAUGAGUAAGAUGUGUUGUCUACAGGUCCAAAUUCUCUAUGAUGAAUGUGAUCCAUAAGUAUAAUAAAUACGUACUAAUGAAAAGAAUAAAGUUUAAAAAAUGGGAGUUGGUGUGACAGAUCUUUACAUAUAGUUUGGAUCAUGCUAUAAAUUUUACUAUACAGAUUGCUUUUUGUUGUGUGGUCAGUGUUGGGUGAUAAUCAUCCCUUCAGUUCACAAUAUGUAACUCAUUACUUUAAUGUCUGUUCUACUUUAAAAGAUAAGCAAACUACGCUACAAAACACAAAUGGGUAUGUUUAACGGUAUGUACAAAAUUUGCACUGCAUGUGUAAACUUCCCUAUGGCUGAACCUCUGUGAAGAGAUCAGUCAAAAAAA